CGGAUGGAGACAAAACCAGGGGAGGUAGAAGUGGUGAAGGCAGGGGUGGUAAAGUAGUCGGAAUGUGGGUAACAGACAACGAUAAAACCAGGGGAAAUAAAGGCGGUGAAGACGGGGGGGAUGAAGUCAGGGGUGGUGAAGUGGUUGAAGCAGAGAUAGGGGGGGCAGUCGUAGGUGAGACCCGAAGAGGGGACUCUGCAGGUGGUAAUGCAGGCAUGGCCACGAAUGCCAUGGAGGAACGCACCGAGACCACGGGCGACACAGCAGUUGCGGUGGUCACGGAUGCCAUGGAGGAACACACCGAGACCAAGGGUGACACAACAGCUGCGGUGGCACCGGAUGCCGUGGAAGAACACACCAAGACCAAGGGCAACACAACAGCUGCGGUGGCCACGGAUGCCAUGGAGGAACACACUGAGACCAAGGGCAACACAACAGUUGCGAGUCGAGUCUCUCUCGCGGAAUCAAUCGUAGAAGCAACCAAGGCCGAUGAAGAAGAGGCUGCGAACCGAAAAGGGGCAGCCAGGGUCACAAACGGCAUGGAAGGGGUUACUAAGACUGAUGAGGGUGCAGGUGCGGCAGACGCAGGUAAUGAAAAAGAGGCAGUGAUAGGUGUGACAGGCGCCGAUAAUGAAGAAGGGGCUGCAACAGGCACAGUCCGAGGACAGUGUGUGGAUACCAAAGAAAGCAGGUGAUGAAUAGACCAUCGAAGCAUGUUGCGGAACCAGUUGGAGAGGCGGGUCACGUGCGCAGGGCAGAUGUGUUGACGUUUACGAAUAUAGGAAGUCCAUCCUUUCGCAAGCGUUGUUGGAGAGUGCCCGCGAAAAAGCAUGCGGCGUGUGAGCAUCGCUGCUGCAGUUUUGAAAUCAUACCAGUUGUUGCAAACAUACUCAAACCUAGAAAGCUCGCCUGUAAACACUCCUGUCGGCUGGUGUGCAAGGACGUUAGAAGUAGCACUAGGAUAACGAAUAACAGGGAAAUUCGAUUCAGCUGAAAGACACGCAUACGCAGGGAACCGUCAGGGCCGACUUGGAGGCGUGCACCCAAGAAUGUGCAAGAGCCAUCAGGCGUUGUGGUCUCCUUCCAUUCGAGGCCAUAGUGCUCUGACGGUGGUGGCAGAUGUCCCCAUGAGAGCACAUCAUCGAUCAAGCGGUAUGUGAACGCAUACCGUUGAGCUGCACGAAGAUCACGCCGUUGGAGGUCAUCAACAAAUCGAGCCUCAUCCC